CUCUCUCUCUCUCUCUCUCUGUCUGUCUGGCUCAACGUUGCGGGCUCUCAAACAGACACUGAAACUCUGAAAACACGAUUAUACGCCAAAGCCGAGUGCGAAGAUAUCAUGCAGUCACAUGAAACCACUUUAAUUGCAGCUGAUAAACACACGGACCACCUCCCCUCUUCCUCCUGUCGGUGCUUUUUUCUCUGUCUGUAAUCGAAGGGGGAGAUUGCAUUCACAGACGGGGAAAACAGGAAUGUUUCUUCCGGUUCCAAAGAGUGUAAAAACGGAACGGAAGCCGGUGUGGUCUUUGUAGUCUGUGAACACACUCCUGCCUUCGCACCCACGACUUGUGCCUCACUGAUCACUGUCAGCUCUGCUGUCAGCUUUGGUUUCCCUGCCCAACUGAAGGAAAAAACAUUGAGACAAGAGAGAGGCUUCUGUCUCCAGUCCUGCAGCUGACCACUGACUGCAUGUCUCAGGGCUCUGAUCGACCCCCCUCCUCCUCUUCCUCCUUUUCCUCCUCCUCCUCCUUACACAUCUCAUCAAGAACCCACAGAACCAUAACCGCCAAACCUUCAUCCGGCUGCUGACCGCUUCAGUACAGGCACGGUUGGCAUUUGCUCUGCCCGGGCAGAACGAUCGAGCAUCAUCCCCCCAGAUUCAGCCCCUGACUGGUGCUCCUUCAGAGGGGGAGGGAGGGGAAGGAAGGCAGCUGAACGUCGUGCCGCUUUCUCUGGAGAUGAAGCUGCAGGCUGUCAUGGAGAACCUGCACAGGCAGCAGAGAGCCAAGUUGCUGAUGGAGCAGCAGCUACAGCAGCAAGCUGCCGCCCAAAACACUCAGAUCCGCACAGGUGGAGGAGGAGGAGAUGAGCCCAUGGGGAGCCCGGCCCCUGAGACAGAGCAGGCCCAGAUGGCAGCGCUAGCGGCCAUGCGUGCUGUGGCGGCCGGGCUGCAGAGGGUGUCAGACAGCCCCAUGUCAGAGCGUAGCAGCGGCGGCGAGGAUGAAGGUGAUGAUGACAAUGAUGAAGGGGAGGAGCAUUACAAGGAUAUGAUGGGGUCAGAUGAGGAGGAGCAGAUCAAACAGAAAUGGGACGAAGAAGACUUUGAAGGUGAGAUGGAAGAAGAUUUUGACGACGACUUGGCAGAUGAGAGUCUGCCGACGGGCCAUGAUGCAGUGGCUCCUGGGAAGGGAAUCCUCCUGUUGCCCCACCGUCAACUCCACCCCCACUCCCAGCUGCUGAAGGCCCGUCCCAGUGUCGACCAGGAGCCUCGCGUAGCCAUCCUGCCUCCACAUGCUACACACAGCCAUCUGGGUGGGCAGGACCAUGGAGAAUGGACCUAUGAGGAGCAAUUCAGACAGCUGUAUGAACUGGACAGAGACCCGAAGAGAAAAGAGUUUCUGGAUGAUCUCUUCAGCUUCAUGCAAAAACGAGGAACCCCGGUGAAUCGUAUUCCCAUCAUGGCCAAGCAGGUCCUGGAUCUGUACAUGCUCUACAGGCUGGUGACGGAGAAGGGCGGCCUGGUGGAGGUCAUCAACAAGAAACUGUGGAGGGAGAUCACCAAGGGACUCAACCUGCCUACCUCAAUCACCAGUGCAGCCUUCACCCUCCGCACACAAUACAUGAAGUACCUGUACCCAUAUGAAUGUGAUAAGAGGGGUCUGAGCAACCCCAACGAACUCCAGGCAGCCAUUGACAGUAAUCGGCGGGAGGGCCGACGACAGAGCUUUGGCAGCUCCCUCUUCACCUACUCACCCAACGGGACGCCCACCAUGCUCUCGUCGCCGAAGCUCCCCACGCACAGCGUGAGCCUGCCGGUGGGCACCAACGGAGCCUCGCUGACCCCCAUCCAGAAGAUUAAGAAAGAAGAGGAGGGAGGUCAGCCGCUCCCGGGGAUCGGGAUGGCCCGUUUGCCAGCGGGGGCUCUGGCGGGUCACUCUGUGGCUGCUGUGCAGGCAGCGGCGGCUCAGGCAGCGAUGGCGGCUCAGGUAGCAGCUCUGGAGCAGCUGAGGGACAAACUGGAAGCCGGCGAGCCACCAGAGAAGAAGAUGGCGCUGCCGGCCGAGGAACACCACCGACUGCUGCAGAGAGCACUGCAACACAACCUGCUGGCCAUGACUGCUCAGAUACCCAUGAACAUCCGCAUAAAUAACCAAGAAGGAAGGCAGGACUCGGCCAUGAAUCUCACCACCAAUGGCACAAGCAGCAUCAGCAUGUCAGUGGAGCUCAAUGGAGUGGUGUACACUGGAGUUCUUUUUGCUCAGGCAGCGGCAGGGUCAGCCUUGUCUGGUGCAUCUGGAUCGUCCGCCUCCAAUAAGACGGUCAGCAGUCGUGUCGCUCCACAGCAGCAGCAGCAGCAGCAGCAGCAGCAGAACACACCUACCUCAACAUCAACCUCCAGCAAUUCAUUGUCUUAACAAAACCCCAGCCUUUCCCCAUCUUUUUUAAAAUUACCACGCUAAGUAAAGCCAAAAAUCAACCUCAUUUUCUACAUAAUCUAUGCCAAAAGAGAAGAACCAUAAACUGUACAGACACAAACUGAAACUCACAUCACUUGAAGUACACUAUCUCAGGUUUUCUCUUACCAACUCACCUCUUUUGUUCUUCAUAGCCAAAAUGAUUUCGGAAAAAAAAAAGUAUCCCAACUGAGAGCCAGUAUAUGCUAAACAAAUAUGUAUGCACAACCUGUGAAUUAUUUAUUUCUGCAUAAAUGUACAGAUUAUCGGAGAACAAAAGAGAAGGUAAUAACUAGGAAGGGCAAUGCACUGUUUACACACACACAAACACAGCUACUGAUUAACAGCGAUGUUUUAUCCUCUAGGGGAGAUUUUUUUUUUUUUUUUUAGAUUUUAUUUUAUCUUUUCGUCGUCAUUAUUAUCAUUAUUGUUAUUCUCUUUAUUGUGUUUUAUCAUUUAAAUCUUUAACAAUGCUCUCACUGCAGGAAAAGAAAUCUAUAUAUUUAGAAUUCUAUAUAAAAAAAAAGAAAAUAUGAAUAUCCUCUAUUUUUAAUCAGAAAAGCUUUAAAGGUAUAUGUUGUUUCUUCAGGGCAUAUAACAAUGUACCGCUGUGACCUCAUUUUGUGUAAAAACCGUAUAACCUUAUUCACAUGGCAGCCAUUUUGGAUCUCUGGAAGCGCGAGUCCGGUGCGGGUCUGCGCUCCUGUUGUGUACCCAGAUACACAUCAUUAUCAAUGCCACAGAUUCUCCAGUGAAACACAAAACAACUGGAACUUAAGAAUCUGCAAGGAUGUUGCUUCUCUUUUUCAUACGUUUGCUCCAUUAUUGAUGGCCACUCGAGUCCCGGUGGCCGCUAAUUUGCUAGAAUGCUACACAGCUGGCGUCCCUGCUGAAUUCAAGCAGCCGUUGGCGUGCUUCUUUCUGAGUCAGCCGGCUUAUUUUUUAUCUGAAAUCCUCACCUGUUUGUUGACACGAGGCCAGUUCAAUGCAUAUCUAUGCCAACUUUGCAGGUAGUUUGUCAAGCUUAGCGCUCAAAAUGACUGUUUCUAAGAGUAAGGUCAGUUUUGCAGGUGGGAAAAUGAACCAAAGCCUUUUCCUGAGGGUUUGUUUUUUUCAUUCCCCUUGCUUCGCCUCAAUGUGCUGGAGUUUCUGAUCCUCAGCAGCAUCCACUGACUCUACAGACGUUUUCAGUUGUUCUCAGGUGUCUGUCUUAUCCUUUUUGUAACUUGGCCUUCCAGUGGAGUGAUUGUCUUAAGGUCAGAUUCAUCAAUAGCCCUUCAGCAUCAGUAGUGAAGCAGGAAAUUUUCCUGAAAUCUUAAAUUGACAGGAGUCGUGUAUCCACUAAAUCCUCACAUGGACAAUCAGGUGUCAGGUGAUGCUAUUUGAGCUUCAGAAGAAACUUCUUCCAGCUCAUGUCUGACAUUUUGUUGCUUUGUUGUUUGUAUUGUAGAUUACAGAUCUUUUAUUUUAUGUUUCAGCUUUGUGUUUUGCAUGACUUAGUGCUUCUUCUCAUCCAAGUGCUUCUUAUCCUGUGCUGUGACAAGGACGGAGACUCCUUGAGAUUAGCUUGGCGCUCACCAAGGAUAUAAGAAAGAAUGUCUUGUGAUCCUCGGACUGUUUUUAUAUGUUGCUUUAUUCGGGCUUUUGACAAUGUGAGCUCAGACUUAAUCGUAGCUGCGGCUUGUGUGUUAGUGUAUGUUCGAACACUCACUGGAGUUAGAUUUAUAAAAGGUUUGAAUCA